AUGGCGUACCACCUAGGAUCCACCUUUCCUAACUUCACUGCUACUGCGUCAGGAGUAGAUGGUGAGUUUGAUCUGUACAAAUAUAUUGGAAGCAGCUGGGUAAUUCUGUUUAGUCAUCCAAACGACUUUACCCCGGUAUGUACCACUGAACUUGCUGAAUUAGGAAAAAUGAAUAAAGAAUUUUUAAAAAAUGAUUGUAAGUUAGUAGGGUUCAGUUGUAAUUCUAAAGAGUCCCAUGAAAAAUGGAUUGAUGAUAUUAAACAUUAUGGAAAAUUGGAUGAAUGGAAAAUUCCAAUAGUCUGUGAUGAAUCAAGAGAAUUAGCUACAAAGUUAAAAAUUAUGGAUGAAAAGGAAAAAAAUAUAGAUGGACUACCAUUAACUUGUAGGUGCGUUUUUUUUAUUUCUCCGCAUAAAAUUGUUAAAGCAACUUUAUUAUAUCCAGCUACAACUGGAAGAAAUGCCCUUGAACUUUUGAGGGUUUUAAAAUCUUUACAGCUUACGGACAAACAUCAAGUUGCUACUCCUGUUAACUGGAACGAAGGGGAUAAAUGUUGCGUUUUACCAACUCUCCCCGAUAUAGACAUCCCGAAAAUUUUUUCAAAGGAAGUGCAAAAGGUCAGCGUACCGUCUAAGAAGCCUUACCUCCGUUUCGUUGAUAUGUAG